GGUGGCACACUCACACAGUCAAGCAUUCAUUCAGCACUGCCUCCUUUAAGCAGAUUACUUUUGCGCUGCUGCUGCUGCUGCUGCUGCUGCUCCAUAUCCUAUUCCACUUUGCCUUGACCAUGCUAAGGAUGCUACCAGUCCUUCAGCUCCGGAUCCUGCUCCUGCUGCUCCUCUGGCUCUGGCAUUUCACUGCAGACCACAAAGUGCAAGCUGGCAACUGCUGGCUCCAGCAAGGAAGGAACGGGAGAUGCCAGGUCCUCUACAUGCCCGGCAUGAGCAGGGAAGAGUGCUGUAGGAGUGGAAGGCUCGGGACAUUUUGGACUGAGGAAGAUGUGCCCAACAGCACCCUGUUCAGGUGGACCAUCUUCAACGGGGGAGCUCCAAACUGCAUACCCUGUAAAGAGACAUGUGACAACGUGGACUGUGGCCCUGGAAAGAAAUGCAAGAUGAACAGGAGGAGCAAGCCGCGUUGUGUCUGCGCCCCCGACUGCUCCAACAUCACCUGGAAGGGGCCCGUGUGUGGAUCAGAUGGAAAAACCUACCGGGACGAAUGCGCCCUGCUGAAGUCCAAGUGCAAAGGGCACCCUGAUCUAGAGGUGCAAUACCAUGGCAAAUGCAAAAAGACAUGCCGUGAUGUGCUUUGCCCGGGCAGCUCGACGUGCGUAGUGGACCAGACCAACAACGCCUACUGCGUGACGUGCAACCGCGUGUGCCCUGAGGUCACGUCACCAGACCAGUACCUCUGUGGCAAUGAUGGCAUCAUCUACGCCAGCGCCUGCCAUCUAAGAAGAGCCACGUGCUUACUGGGCAGAUCCAUCGGAGUGGCCUAUGAGGGAAAAUGCAUCAAAGCCAAAUCAUGUGAUGAUAUCCAGUGCAGCGCGGGGAAGAAGUGUCUGUGGGACACUCGGAUGGGCCGAGGCCGCUGUGCCCUGUGCGAAGAGACCUGUCCCGAGAGCCGCUCGGAUGAGGCGGUGUGCGCCAGCGACAACACCUCGUACCCCAGUGUGUGCGCCAUGAAGCAAGCUGCAUGCUCUUUGGGAGUUCUUCUGGAGGUUAAGCAUUCAGGAUCUUGCAACUCCAUUACGGAAGACCAGGAGGAGGACGACGAUGAUGAUGAUGACCAGGACUACAUGGCUUAUAUCCAUUUAUCGCCAAUACUGGACGGAUAAAACUGCCAUCAAAUCAGUGGAAACAGUCCUGUGGGAAAGGAAACAUGUCCACACUGUACAAAUGUGUAUGCUAAUUUAUUUUUCAAAGAAAAAAAAAGGAAGUAUACAUAUAGUUCAGUCUGAUAGAUGUUUAUUUAUACAGUGUUUUUUGUUUUAUAAUUUAUACAUUUACAAUGUCUGACUUACUAUCUCUAUCAUGUUAUUUUGUGUUCACUUGUUUUGUUGUCUUUUUUUUUUAUUAUGAAGAAGUAUAUUUGUCCAAAGAGAAGCAGUGUUAUUUAUUGUGAGGUUGGAAAAAAAAAAAGCUACCAUGUAAAGUGUAAGUCUUCUGCAAGCUGUAAAUUGCAUUCCCUGAGCUGUAAAAAUCUGCUUAUCACUGUCCAUUCUAUAUCACAGAUGUUUAUUUCACACUUAACUGCAUGUUUGCCUGUGUGUUUAUUUAUUGGGGGAAAAUAUGUCACUCUUUAAUGUACAUAACCUGUUUCUGGUUUUGUUUACUCUUCACUAUAACAGACCAAAGGGAUUUUCUCAAUGGUUCUUCAACGAUUUGCUGUACAAUGCAGCACAGUAAUAUUUGAACAUGAGCCAUUUCUCAAGACAGAAACUUUUUUUUUGUAUUUGUUUUUGUGAGAUGUUCAGUUAGCUUUUGUUCUUUAGCAGUUUCAUGUAUUCAGCUAUAGAGCAUAAAUCAACUUGGGUGAUACUUGAUUGUCAAAAAUGUGCCAUUAACAUGUGCUAUUGUUUUUGCCAACAUUCUGCUCCAUACUGCUUUCUCCAAGCUCACGUGAUACAGGAUCGGGUAUCAGUAUAUCAAAUGUUAUCACUUUUCUUUGCUCGCAUUGUUUUCAAAAUGCAUUUUUAUUUUCAGACAUCACAAAAUGAAUACAAGAUUCAGUUAAAAAUAUAUAGUUUUGUAUUUUUUUAAUGUAAAUGUCAUAUGUAUAUACAAAGUUUGAUGGUAUUUGUACAGAUAUGAAGAGUGAAACAAUAAAUAAUAAAAAAAAAUUAAAAUC